AUGCACGAUGCUUGCUCGACUUUGUGGUUCGGAUCUGCUGGAGAUUUGGGCGAAUUUGACAUUGACAACCCCGCAGCGAUAAACUUGGCUCACUGGGUCUUGAAAUGUGGUCCAAAUCUUGGAGCUCCAGUUGUUGCCGAAUCUGGGCUUGAUUACACAAAUUCCACAUAUUUCCAUCACCGGCUGGACACGAAAGUGAUGGUUCCACUCUGCAGACUCAUCGUAAGAACGGCUUCCUCCGAGCAUUUUGGUGGACGAGGACACGCUUGUCGGCUUUGGGGUAUUCUCUUGUGCGCAUGCGCGCCAGCAAGGGCGUAUGAUCUAUCUGUGGUGGAGAAAAAACGCUAUUUCCAAUUCAAGUCCUAUUCUGUUGACAGUGACGACGAGUUGAAACUUUUCGGUACAUCAAUAGAUAUCUCUGUCCACUCACUUCAAGAGGCGGAAUUCAAGCAACCGACACAGCCAGUGAGUUUCCUCAACGGGUCAGCGGGAUCGGAAGUUUGUAGAGGCUGCCCGCUUGUCGGGCCAAUAACGUCAGCCGAGGCAGACGAAUGCUACCGACAGCGGCAAGCCUAA